UCCGGGACGAAAUUGCUGUUUGUUGAAACCUUCUUUUUUUCCCUAGACUGUCCCGCGCCGCUACAAGGUAUGUAAGUUGGAGGCAGGUUUAUUGCAGAAUGAAAGACGUUCCCUGUCUGAUCCGAGCGCUUCUCGAGUCAUCAAAUUGUUGACACGAGGGGGGUCAAUUCUGCGUCUUACGAAUAGCUUUGGCUCUUUCUGAUCGUCUCCCUGGAAAGCGAUAAAGCCGCUCACUUUUAUGCAUUUUCACUAUGUUGCAAGACGCAGAAUUGCGCCCGAGUUCUCUUCUCUUCGCCACGCGAAUUGGAAAAAGGUCGAAGGGAGGAGAACGACUUGUGAGCUGUUCGCCAGCUUCGACAUUAGUGUCAGGAGCGUUCUACGUUUCCUUAUUAUGAUUUAACCAAGCUUGUCGCAAUGAAGAAAAUGCUCUUUUCUUUUCUUCUUACAUUCGUAAUCGCCCGUUCCAAAUUUGCUCAUUUGUUACUUGCCAAAUCAAAAACAUUGAGCGGCCGCUGUAGCGACAGCUUGAGCGGAAGUCAGAGCAUUCGACGGACAGCAUCUCUGGACACCAUCUAUCUGAAGGGACAAUGGCCACGUGACUCCUAUUAUAUGCAUUCCAGCCUUUUGGUAGACAAAUCUACUCAGACGGAAGAAUGUUCCAACGAGCCAAGAAAGAUGCAUACUCGCCAUCCUACAGAACAAACUGUCACCGAUGAGAAGUUGGAGAAGAAUUACUUCAGGCAUCGAUUACAACGUACAAAUAAGGAAGGUACUAGCAGUAGAGAGCGAACAGCGGCAUUCGGACUAAUAAUGCCAGGUGGCCCGCCACCCGCGCUUCCCGGAGAUCACUCAGUACUUUUGCCCAGUAUUGCUUCACAGACAUCCAUGCACAAUCAGUUUAGCUUGAGUACAAAAGCGAGUCCCAUGAAUAUCCCGGUGAAACCAAUAAGGCCUCCAAUGCGUUCGUCUAUCGAAGGACUCAAUCAAGAAAUUGAAGGACUCGUGCUCAAAAAUACAGCCAACAACAGCGAUGCAGACCAUCCAGUAGAAGACAAGUAUGCACGAUAUCGCGACCAAAUCACACCUGAAGGACAUCGCGCUCCUCUAGCAGACUUAUUGCGGGCCACUCGGAGUGUCAACACACAAACACCGGCUACCGACCUUCCCUCCAGUUCUUAUUCUUCAGGCCCUCCAUCUAGGAAUUCUGAGUCUCCGCUGAUUCCUGGUGUUAUGGAUGCGUCCCGUCCGCCUAGCGAUCUCUUACAAGGUGGAAGUCGUGGUUCAACACCUGAACAAGAUAGAGAAGGACGUCUUGGCACUUCUCCUCACAUUAACAGGUUCCUCGCGAGGGAACCGCCCGAUGGCUGUGAGAAAGUCAACCUCAAAUUUGUGGAAGAUGCGAGGCGGCCCAUGAUAGAUUUGAGCAAACUAGAAUUUUGCCCAAAGCCGUGCGUUCCAGCAUUCCAGUUGAAACCCAGCUUGGGAUCAGCGUUCCUGCCAUUGCAACAGCCGGCCAGUCCGACAAUGGUCGCCAGUGCAUCACCCUCCGCGCAUACAACACCGACCACACCUCCUCCAAAUCCAUAGUCCCACUCUUUACCUUGCGGUGUUACACUUAUAAGCUCGAUUAGUAUAUAUACAUAUAUAUAUUUUUUUUUAACGACCUUGUGGGUAGAAAGUGAUUUACUUCGAGAUAAAGGCAUAUAACGACAAGGAAAAGUUACCGAACAAAAGAAAAAGAACAGCCUGUUCCCAGUGCGUCCCGUGCGGGCAUCGUGAAUUGUGUAAUUAAUAAAAAAGAAGCUGCAAUUGCAUCGAUAAAAGAAAAAGAAGUAUUGGAAGGCAUUUGAGCUCCGUUAUAAUGAUCGAAACAAUAAUAAAUACGAGGAACAAUAAUUUGUGAUAACUAAAAGAAAAAAACAAAAAGAGAAAAGAAACGACAAAAGGUUUAGGAAUGAACAUUGUGUUCUACAGGGAGAAAAGACUAAUGAAAUUGUGUAUUCUAAAUUUAGUGCUAAAAUGUGCUAAACGACUUUAGUUUUGUAUACACGGAUAAAUAUUCAAGGUGAGAAAAAAGGUAUUAAAUUUCAUUGUUGGAAUAAACAAAAUUCUACGGAUACAGAGAAGAGAGCACGUGUUCACGAUAUAUAUAUAUGCAUACGUACGCAUAUGUAUAUAUAUAUUGCUGCUUGUCUCUAUAACAUUUUAUUAGAACUUUAUUGCUUGAAGUAACUCGAUUACAUAGUGACAGAGAUAAAUCACUUGUUAGAAUUUUGUAUCGUUUUGUAUUAUUACUUGUAUGCUAAAAAUAUUCUCAAACUAUUAUUGUACAAGGAGCUAAAAAAAUGUAUCCCUUUGUGUGUAUGUUGUGUUAUGCGUGCGUGCGCGUGUCAUUGUUUUACAGAAGUGGCUUUACGAGAAUGUUGUUUUUUUGUUGUGAGAUAAAUACGGGCGAUCGAUUGUCGUGAACGUUUGUUUGGAGCUGCACAUAUAGAAACGUUUUAAUGGCUUUAUUUUUGAUAAACGAAAUUAAGUAAACUAUACAUUUUAAAGAGCGAAAAUAAAUUCAAUAUUUCAUAUUUUAUUCAGAAUUAAUAUUGUCUCAUUGUAUUCUGUCUCGCGACAAUACCACAUAGCAGUAUAAUAUUUUUGGUUUAUCCUACAUUAAAUUGCAAUCUGAACAUGUACAACCAAGACAACAUACAGUGACAGGUUGGUAAAUGUAUGAUGGAAUGAGUUCAACGAGACAUGGAUAUGCAUUGAACAGAAGUAAUGAACGAUAAUACUAAAUAGUGAUUGACGACAUGUGCUUUCGCCAGUAUGGUAUCAGAUGAGAGUAAAAAACCGGCUCCCUGAUCUGACAUGGAAGAAGGGUGUGCGUGCAUUUGUAUAGACGUGGAUAAUUAUGCCGAAAACAUAUAAUCUGCGUUUUAUACGAGCAAAAGUAUGGGUGUGUUGUAAUAUCAGAAUCCUGAUUAAGCCAUUCACACGAAUAACUUUAGUUAGGAAUCGAUUAACCAAGCAAAAUCAGUUUCAGCGUGUAAAAAAUGUUUGCUCAAACGUAGUACGAUUAUCAACUUUUGUGUUACAUAAGAUUAAAUUAUUAGCAAUUCACGUGGAAAAGUCGUUUCAGUUUUUAUCGCGUUAUUAACGGAAUUAAAAAAACAAUGAAUUGUUAUACAAGGUACGAGCGUGAGGGAAGAAAGUUAUUCGUGGGAUGGGUUAAAUUAUUCUUUAGUAUACGCAGACAUAGCCACUCAAGAAGUUCAAGUUUAUUUUUUGCUUUCUAAUACGAAAAGUUUUUGCAAACGGUUUUUAUAGUUGCUGUCUGUAGAAAAUAAGAAUCUUGAUAGAGUGUAAAGUCAAGAGCGGAAGAAACGGUUUUUUAAAUACAAUAGUAAUAUACUUUCUAAUAAUGUAAUGUAUAUCUAGCUACAACAGUGAAGAAAAAAAAGAAUGUUAACACAUAAGUACCUGGCACACUGGUCUAUGCUCUCUCUUAUCCAGCUCACUAGGAAGUUCAUGCCUUAGAAUGCGUGGUAAAGUGUGCUACAUAGACAGGAAGGUUAAUCAGAGAGUCAGGAUACACACAAAAAAAUGCACUGGCUAGUUAAAGUGUAUACAAUACAAAGAUACUGUAGUAUUUACUAGUUUAAGAGACUUCGUUUUUAUUUAUUUUGCUACAGAUCUAACGACACCUCGUACCAUCACUUUGUCGUAUUAUCUGAGUGUGAAGCAGCUUUUGAAGGAAAGAAAGCGUAUUCAAUUACUUCGGUCUGUUUGUGCUUUGCACUUCGGAUGGAGAAUGAUUCCGACGUAACACGACGACGAUGUAUAAUUAACGUUAAUGAAUAAAGUGAAAGAACAGGUUUUCGUACUUUUAAUAAUGAGCAGUAGAUGAAAAAGGAAGUGACUUCAGCGAACGCUAGCCUCGUUAUUUUCACCGCACUUUGUCAAAAGGCUCCACUCUUUAACCUUCGUGUACUUGCAUAAUGUGUUAUCAUUAUUGUUAGCUUUUGUUGUCAAUUCCGUAAGCAGAGUAACGCGUAUGAAGACUGCUGGAACUGAGAAUAUUACCUGUUAUUCGGAUACCUAAAAAAAAAAAUCUAAAGUUAAAUAAAUUAGUCUCAAAUCAUACCGAUUACUUGUGAACGAGUAUAGGACAUACUCGUGUAAUUUAUUAAAUAAUCUCUUUACGUCACUAUUGUUCGGUACAUUCUCUCUACAUAUCUAAAUCUGAGCAGGCUUCAGAAACGGCAAAAUGAUUAUGUCAAUUAAAAAUUCAUUUAACCCUAGGACAGUCUAGAUAUAUUGUUGCAGUAUCCUGCACAAGAAAACGAAAAUGAUUGUUGACCGUAUAUUGUAAUUUGUAAGAUGCUCAGAAUUAUACAAACUUUUCAGUACAUAAAACAUGUAUGUUGUAUAAAAUAUCUUAAAAAAAAUUUUUAUAUACCUGCUGAAAUUAAAUGCAACUUUUAUUCACUGUUUUAUAAUAAAUAUAUAAAACAUUA